GGUGGGUGAGUGGGCGUGACUCGCCACGUUACGUUACGUUACGUCUCUCCUCGUCACGUCACAGUGUAGGCGGGCUCAGAGAGAGAGCGAGCGAAACACGACACCACCUCCGAGAGGACGGAGAGAGACGCAACGAGGGGGAGGAGAGAGUAGCACUGAAUAAUGGUGUGAGAGAGAGAGUGGAGGACUUAAAAAAAAGUCUGUAAAGAAAGAGAGAGGCUCCUCUAGCAACGUUAGUUUCUGUUAAAGAACAAAAGCUUUGCGGAGAGAGAGAGAAAGAUGUCAAACAGCGACGAAGAUGCGGCGGUUGAGACGGAGUAAAAAAAACGGCUACCGGACAGUUAACUUGUUUAGAACAGAGUGACGGUUGGUCGGUUGGUUCGUUGUUGCGCCGCAACUUAGAGCAGCUUUCAACGGUUGUUGCUGCUUGGUGACGAGGACGAGAAGCGAGGACCCCAAAAACAGCGAGGUUCUUGACCGGAAAACAAGCCCUUCGGUCGGGUUGGUUGGCUGGUAGAGAGCCGGGGGAAACAGACCCGAGAGAGAGAGAGACGCUGAAGCAGCAGCUACAAAAAGUUUGCCGUGUGUCUUCACCUAGUUUUCCUACAUUGGGAACAAGAAGGGGGGAGGAAAAGAGGCCGAGAAGACUUGACUUUUCUUCCCAACUUUUGGAGGAAUUCACCAAAAACUUUAUCCGCUGCUUGCUGUCUACUUACGUAGCUAAAACAUGAAAACACCUGGAGAUAAUGGGAUCGCCUUCCCAGAAUGGGCUUACAAGCCUGAGUCGAGCCCCGGGUCCAGGCAGAUCCAGCUGUGGCACUUCAUCCUGGAGCUGCUCAGGAAAGAAGAGUAUCAUGAUGUCAUCGCCUGGCAGGGGGACUAUGGCGAGUUUGUCAUCAAGGACCCAGAUGAAGUGGCCCGGCUGUGGGGGGCCAGGAAGUGUAAGCCCCAAAUGAACUAUGACAAGCUGAGCAGAGCACUCAGAUACUACUACAACAAGAGGAUCCUCCAUAAGACCAAAGGCAAGAGGUUCACCUAUAAGUUCAACUUCAAUAAACUGGUUUUGGUCAACUACCCCUUUAUCGACAUGGGCUCCUCCGGAAGCACCGUUCCUCAGAGCGCCCCUCCUGUCCCCACCGGUGCAGGAACUCACUUCCGCUUUCCUCCCUCAACGCCCUCCGAAGUCCUCUCCCCGAACGAGGACCUGCGCAGCCCCGGCGGCAUGUUCAGCUCCGUGGCCCGACGAAUGGCACGAGGCUCCGUCAGCGACUGCAGCGACGGCACCUCGGUCAAUUCUGAGAUCGAGGAUGGAAACACAGGAGCGGGGGAGGAGAGGGGGGAGAGGGGUGUGAGUGGAGGAGGAGGAGGACCUGGUGGUGGAGGAGGAGUAGGUUACCGGAGUAUGAUCCAUCCCCGUCUGUCUCAUGAAACCCUGUUCCGCAUGUACGGAGGACCAGGCAACCCUGCUGGGCACCCAGGCUCCCGUGGCCACGCAGGGCACCGGAUCCACCCAGAUUCCCUGUCGCCCUUCCCUGUGUCCCCUCUGCCGGGGCCGGGAGGAGCCGGCCUCCUAGCCCCUCCUCUGUCCCCAGCGCUCUCCAUGACCCCGACAUCUCACCUCCCCUACACCCCCUCACCCACCCUGUCACCCAUGUUAGGCUCCCACUUUUCCUUCAACCCAGACGACAUGAAGCGCUACCUGCAGGCCCACACCCAGUCGGUGUACAACUACGGCCUCAGCCCCAGAGCUUUCCUCCAGUACCCACACAUCAUCUACCCUCAGCCCCACCGGCCUGCCGCAGACAAGUCCGGUCUGACCGGAGAUAGAGGAGCGGCCGAGAGAGCCGAGAGAGCAGAGAGAGCAUCGACGGCAGGGGGAGGAGACAGGGGAGGAGAACGACACCAUCAUCCCCCUCUGGCUCACUCUGCCCACCACCACCCGCAUCCACCUCAUACUGCCCACCCUCACACCCAUUCUCAUCCCAUGCAUCACCCACUCCACCUGGGCGAGGAGCCUCCACACAUGUCUCCCUUCAAGUUCAAGCUGCAGCCGCCACCGCUGGGUAGGAAGCACAGGGACGGUCAGAGCCAGAGUAAACCCAGGCAGAGCUCACUGUCCUCAGGAUCUGGGUCCAUGUCGUCCUCCGGCCUGGGCUCCUCGCUGUCGUUCGGCAGUGACCUGAGCUCAGCCAGCGGCUCAGGCCUCAUCUCUGCCUCUUCCUCAACACAGUCCCUAAACAGCGCCGGACUUCCCAAGAUAAAGGUGGAGCCCAUCUCUGAUAUCGAGUCAGAGGAAGAGGUGGAGGUGACUGACAUCAGUGAUGAGGACCCAGAUGAGAGAGAUGAGGAGUUUGAACUCUUCUCCCCUCACCACUCCAGAGCCCCUGACCACCACCACCAUCACCACCACCACCACCACCUUGCUAAUGGCACAGCCGCGCGCCAACAUCAAUCCCAUCCUGACGAGGACCUGGACGAGGAUGUCUUCAAAGCCCCUGCUCCGCCUCCACCUGGCCUGAUGCCCUUCUUCACCUCGCAGCACACGCACUCCAACGCGCAUCGCCUGCUGCCAACCCUCAAGAGCGAACCCACAGAACCAGUGGACAGUAACACGCCCCCGCCUCAGACAGGCUCAGCUGGAAAUACCCAGACGAAGUGCAUCCCCCUCAAGCUGCGCUUCAAGAGGCGCUGGAGCGAAGACCAGCGCAUGGAGGCCUCGCAGGAGGAGUCGGACGACAAGAAAGUACGGCCAGAGGAGGAGAGGGAAAGAGAGAGGCAAAGCAAUGGACGGAUGGAGAUGGAGACGGAGGAGGACGGGACAGGCAGCGGAGAAGGGGACAGUCCUCCCCCGUUGGCGUACGAGGGCUCUUUAGCCACGCCGCUGGUCUCACAGCGGAGGGUGAGCGCCGAGCUGCAUCGUGCCACUGCACAGCUGUCUCUGGAGAACAAGGACUGCUGAUGAGAGACACAGCCCAAACACUACUGCUCCGGUAGCACUGGAGGCGGCACAGGAGUAUGUAAAUGGUUCCUCUGUAAUCCCUCUCCCACACUGACAAACUAGAUUCCUGAAACCUCCAGUGAACUGAGAGCACAGUCCGACAUACAUGCAUAGAAAACCAACACCUCAAAGACAAGCCUGACUCUUGUUCUGUCAGACCCCCCUUCCCCCCCCCACCCUCCUCCCCCCCCACCAAUCCUCUGUCUGGAUCAGGGCUCUUCUGGGACACAUCCUUUGGGAGGUGGGACUCGCUCAGACUCAGCCAUCCCAGGCACACUGACCGUGCUGAUAUCAGAGGGAGGCUUCCUCAUGAAGUUCACCUCCCACCUGGCCAGUGAAGCUCCAGAUGCCCUGCCCCAGUAGCACAGCUCCUGCCUUCUUCUAGGCCCCAUCAAUAGGAUCAGCAGCACUGUUUCUCAGGGGACACACACUCCCUCAAAGCCCAGCAACACACCUAGGAUGAGGACGUGCACACUCUCCCCUAUGCUACUUUUCCUAUAAGAUGACGGGACUUUGAUAAGUGCCUGUAUCUAAAAACCCACAGCCCUGGAGUGACGUGGAAGAGAGCAAAGAGGGGAGAGGACUGCUACGAGCAAUCAAUCUUUAACUCAUGCAGCCCUUGUAAAGUUUGGCAGAUAAUGAGGGGGGAAAGGAAAGUGUGUCUCCGAGACUGAAUAGUGGGGCUGUUGGGUGUUGUCUAACCGACUCUUAAACCUGGCCCACUCCACUCAGGGAAGCCUAUUGCUGUAUGUUUAUCGGAUUCCUGCACACACACACACACAGAAGCAAAAAACAGUGAACGGGGACUCAAAGUGGAAGCAUUGCUUAUGGACACUUAACAAUGUCCACUGCGAUGCCAGAUUCAACUCACACUCACAUUUACAGCUCAGAGCUUUUGACUAUUGUAUAACCUUCCUUCUGUCUCUCUCGUUCUGUCCCGCUCCUCUUUCUCUUGCGGACCACCUGUGGAAAGAUCAUGACUCCACUCACAGAAAUAAUUUCAACCCCAGGGAGGUGUGAGGAGAGGAAAAGAGAAGAAUGAAGAAGUACUUCUGCGUAGAGAAAGGACUGCUGAGGGGGGGACCACGAGUGGGGGGGAGGAAGGGUUCGAGGGGUUCCAGUAACUAGCCUUCUCACCUCACCUAACAUGGCUUGUACACUGAAAAUAGUUCCUCCUCUAAGUCCCAGCAGCACAGACUCCUAGUUCACCAGCUAAAGCUCCUCUAACAAUCAUAGAUAGUGUUAAACUAAACCAGCAUAAACACACACACACACACACACACACACACACACACACACACACACACGCACACACAUGCACGACACUGCCUUUAGCUCUUAAACACGCUCCCUGUCUCUCUGUCUGGACCUCCAGCUCUGUAGUGGCGUCAUCGGCGGGUCCUGAGAGUGUGUGAGGCCUGUUAACUACAUGAGUGUGAGAGCCUGAGAGAGCACGGAACGUCUUAGACCUCACAGACACACACACACACACACACACACACACACACACACACACACACAGCCUCUCUAUGCCUUGUUUUUAUAGCAUGUACAAAAGUGCAAACUGAGCUCUGAUAACACACAUACAGACUAUAUCUUUAUAUAUAUUCUAAAUGAAAUUAUUAAGAAAGUGAGAUUUUAAAAAGAACGAUUUUAAUGAUAUGAUUGAUUCAGGAUUUUUUUGUAAGUGGAUUAUUUUGAGCGGUCAUGCCGCUCGAUAGGUAACACGGUGUGGAGGGUGUGGGUGGGGGUCCGGGUUUUUUCUUGUACAUUUUGUUUCAUAGACAAACAAGCCAGAGGAAAAACAACACAGGCCAGUCUACCAGAACAAGACCAGCAAGAAGAAGAAGAAGAAGAAAAACAGGACUCAAACAGACUGCUAAUGAUUCAGAUGUGUGGUUCACUCUGCUGUUCACUUCGUUUGCAGUAGCUUGCCCUUUCAGCACUCUGCUCUUUCCUGUCUGCACAGUCUCGCUCAGCUCAGUGGGGUUCCCCCCGGCCCGAGCUGUCCUGGCCCCAGGCCACCUCUCCAGGGUGUGUGUGUGUGUGCACUCGGAGUGAGCCGGGUUAUAAAGUAGUAACCCUGUCUUUUCUCUUAGGCCAGUUAGAAUAAUGCUCCAAAGUUCACAGCAGCUCUGGAUUGGGGCGAGAGAGAGAGAGGAGGGGGGGUGAAGGGGUUAAUCAUUAUUGUAAGAUAGUCUGGAAAAGUCGGGACAUGUGAGGCCCUGUCCUGAAAGGCCCUCUCCUCAAUCUAUGCACAUUCACACAUACACAUUAUGUUUUUAACAUCCCGGAGCUUUUCGUCUCCGAAGCCAGCACAUCCAGGCGACCAGCGGCCUGUCCCCGCCUGACCAGCGACAAGAUGGAUCCAUAGCAGCGAACUGUGAGAUAGAUGGCCUCCAGGCGGUCUGUGUAGCUGAGCUGAUUGAAUUUCCUCAUCAGACCCCUGUGGUUUGGACUGGAGCACGUCACAACACACACACACACACACACCCUUACCCCCACCAAGUCCUGUGUCUGUAUUUGAACUGACAGCUGCCUUAUUACUACUUUUCAUAUCUCAGCAACAGAUGAGGCAUCAGUCUUACCUGCUCUGCACUCUCUCUCUCUCUCUCUCUCUCUCUCUCUCUCUCUCUCUCUCUCUCUCUCUCUCUCUCUCUCUCUCUUCUUUCUGUUUCAUUUUUCCUCUCUGUUUCAGGCGUUGUCUGACUUCCUGCACACGGCGGCGUGAUCUGACUCAGUCAUGAUAUUGCAGGGUAAAAAUGAUUGAUUGUAACGGUGGCUCUCUCACAUCCUGUUUCAGGCCUCUACAGUCAAAGAACGGUAGACAAAAACAGCACAAAGAUUACAUUUCUCUAUCAAAAAGAAUUCUCAGUUUAUUUUUCUGACGUCAAUAUUUGCUAUUGAUUAUUGUUGUUGUUAUUAUUGUUCUCAUUGGGUUAUUUACCUCUCCACCUGGCAUUAUUAUUAUUCCAUGGCUCUGUUAGCUGUUGCUUUUUAUGUUGUGUUACAUCACAUUGGAUGAUGUGGAAUCCCCCCCGAACUCCAUUCCCUGUUUCAAACCUUCAAAAACCCAAAACCAGAGACCUUUUUCAUGUCUUUAGUUUUUACAAAUGUAAUAUAACUAAAAUGUGUAAUAUUAAUUUUGAUGCUGACAGAGAAAUAACAUCGGGGACUGAGAGGAACGGGCAGCGGCGGAGGAUUUUAUUUAGUGGCAGAGGGGGGAGUGAUUUUAUCUUUUUUGUCAUGUAUUGUAAUUUUUAUUUUAUAAUGUUAUCUUUUUCUCUCUUUGCUUCUGUAUAUUUUUUCAUUUUUGGGGGAGGGGAGGGGGGUUGUAUCAUUUUAAAAGAAGAAAAAAGAUGUGUAUUGUUUGACUGUGUAAAGGUCUAUCUUCUCCCUCUUUCAGUCUCACUUCUUUCGCCUCGUCUCCCCCGAACAGUUACAUAACACUCAGAUGGAGAGAUGAGAGUUAAUACCAUGAUGUAACAUUGAAUUUCUCAACUUCUUUCGUGUUUUUUUUUUUUUUUUUUUCAAACUUGUAAUUAAGCUGUAAUCAGGGUUAAUUAAAACCGGUUGAAACCCAAUAU